AUGGAGUCGCUCCUGCUGCCGGUGCUGCUGCUGCUGGCUGUACUGUGGACGCAGGCGGCCGCCCUCAUUAACCUCAAGUACUCGGUAGAAGAGGAGCAGCGCGCCGGGACGGUGAUCGCCAACGUGGCCAAGGACGCGCGGGAUGCUGGCUUCGCGCUGGACCCCCGGCAGGCCUCCGCCUUCCGCGUGGUGUCCAACUCGGCUCCGCACCUGGUGGACAUCAACCCCAGCUCUGGCCUGCUGGUCACCAAGCAGAAGAUCGACCGCGACCUGCUGUGCCGCCAGAGCCCCAAGUGCAUCAUCUCGCUCGAGGUCAUGUCCAGCUCAAUGGAGAUCUGCGUGAUUAAGGUGGAGAUCAAGGACCUGAACGACAACGCUCCCAGUUUCCCGGCGGCACAGAUAGAGCUGGAGAUCUCGGAAGCGGCCAGCCCGGGCACUCGCAUCCCGCUGGACAGCGCCUACGACCCGGACUCAGGCAGCUUUGGCGUGCAGACGUACGAGCUCACACCCAACGAGCUGUUCGGCCUGGAGAUCAAGACGCGCGGCGACGGCUCGCGCUUUGCUGAACUUGUGGUGGAGAAGAGCCUGGACCGCGAGACACAGUCGCACUACAGCUUUCGCAUUACUGCGCUCGACGGCGGUGACCCGCCGCACCUGGGCACCGUUGGCCUCAAUAUCAAGGUGACCGACUCCAAUGACAACAACCCGGUGUUUGGCGAGUCCACCUACGCGGUGAGCGUGCCAGAAAACUCGCCUCCCAACACACCCGUCAUCCGCCUCAAUGCCAGCGAUCCAGACGAGGGCACCAACGGCCAGGUGGUCUACUCCUUCUAUGGCUACGUCAACGACCGCACGCGUGAGCUUUUCCAGAUCGACCCGCACAGUGGCCUAGUCACGGUCACUGGUGCCCUAGACUACGAAGAGGGCCACGUGUACGAACUGGACGUGCAGGCCAAGGACCUGGGGCCCAACUCUAUCCCAGCACACUGCAAGGUCACCGUCAGUGUGCUGGACACCAAUGACAACCCGCCGGUCAUCAACCUGCUGUCGGUCAACAGCGAGCUUGUGGAGGUGAGCGAGAGCGCCCCCCCGGGCUACGUGAUCGCCCUGGUAAGGGUGUCUGAUCGAGACUCAGGCCUCAAUGGACGCGUGCAGUGCCGUUUGCUGGGCAACGUGCCCUUUCGACUGCAGGAAUACGAGAGCUUCUCCACUAUCUUGGUGGACGGACGGCUGGACCGCGAACAGCACGACCAAUACAACCUCACGAUUCAGGCGCGCGACGGCGGCGUGCCCAUGCUACAGAGUGCCAAGUCCUUCACCGUGCGCAUCACUGACGAAAACGACAACCACCCGCACUUCUCCAAGCCCUACUACCAGGUCAUUGUGCAGGAGAACAACACGCCUGGCGCCUAUCUCCUCUCUGUGUCUGCCCGUGAUCCCGACCUGGGUCUCAAUGGCAGUGUCUCCUACCAGAUCGUGCCGUCGCAGGUGCGGGACAUGCCUGUCUUCACCUAUGUCUCCAUCAACCCCAACUCGGGCGACAUCUAUGCCCUGCGAUCCUUCAACCACGAGCAGACCAAGGCAUUCGAAUUCAAGGUGCUGGCCAAGGAUGGCGGCCUGCCCUCGUUGCAAAGCAAUGCCACGGUGCGGGUCAUCAUCCUCGACGUCAACGACAAUACUCCAGUUAUCACGGCCCCGCCCCUGAUCAACGGCACAGCUGAGGUCUACAUCCCCCGCAACUCUGGCAUAGGCUACCUGGUGACCGUUGUCAAGGCAGAUGACUAUGAUGAAGGCGAAAACGGCCGAGUCACCUAUGACAUGACUGAGGGCGACCGUGGCUUCUUUGAAAUAGACCACGUCAAUGGCGAAGUCAGAACCACCCGCACCUUCGGCGAGAGCUCCAAGGCUUCCUAUGAGCUUAUUGUGGUGGCCCACGACCACGGCAAGACUUCUCUGUCUGCCUCUGCGCUCGUCCUAAUCUACCUGUCCCCCGCUCUGGAUGCCCAAGAGUCAAUGGGCUCAGUGAACUUGUCCCUGAUUUUCAUUAUCGCCCUGGGCUCCAUUGCGGGCAUCCUCUUUAUCACUAUGAUCUUUGUGGCAAUCAAGUGCAAGCGAGACAACAAAGAAAUCCGGACCUACAACUGCAGUAAUUGUUUAACCAUCACUUGUCUCCUCGGCUGUUUUAUAAAAGGACAAAACAGCAAGUGUCUGCAUUGCAUCUCGGUUUCUCCCAUUAGCGAGGAGCAAGACAAAAAGGCAGAGGAGAAAGUGAGCCUAAGGGGAAAGAGAAUCGCUGAGUACUCCUAUGGGCAUCAAAAGAAAUCAAGCAAGAAGAAAAAAAUCAGCAAGAAUGACAUCCGCCUGGUACCCCGGGAUGUGGAGGAGACAGACAAGAUGAACGUUGUCAGUUGCUCCUCCCUGACCUCGUCCCUCAACUAUUUCGACUAUCACCAGCAGACACUGCCCCUGGGCUGCCGCCGCUCUGAGAGCACUUUCCUGAAUGUGGAGAACCAGAAUACCCGCAAUACCAGCGCCAACCACAUCUACCACCACUCUUUCAAUAGCCAGGGCCCCCAGCAGCCAGACCUGAUCAUCAACGGUGCGCCUCUGCCCGAGACUGAAAACUAUUCUUUUGAUUCCAACUAUGUGAACAGCCGAGCCCAUUUAAUCAAAAGCAGCUCCACCUUCAAGGACUUAGAGGGCAACAGCCUGAAGGAUAGUGGACACGAGGAGAGUGACCAGACUGACAGUGAGCAUGAUGUCCAGCGGAGCCUGUAUUGUGAUACUGCUGUCAACGAUGUCCUGCACACCAGCGUGACUUCCAUGGGAUCUCAGAUGCCUGACCAUGAUCAGAAUGAAGGAUUUCAUUGCAGGGAAGAGUGCCGGAUUCUUGGCCACUCUGACAGGUGCUGGAUGCCCCGGAACCCCAUGCCCACCCGCUCCAAGUCCCCUGAGCAUGUGAGGAACAUCAUCGCGCUGUCCAUUGAAGCUACUGCUGCUGAUGUUGAGGCUUAUGACGACUGCGGCCCCACCAAGCGGACUUUUGCAACCUUUGGGAAAGAUGUCAGCGACCACCCGGCUGAGGAGAGGCCCACCCUGAAAGGCAAGAGGACUGUUGAUGUGACCAUCUGCAGCCCCAAGGUCAGUGGCGCUAUCCGGGAGGCAGGCAAUGGCUGUGAGGCUAUUAGCCCUGUCACCUCCCCACUCCACCUCAAGAGCCCUCUGCCCACCAAGCCUUCCGUGUCUUACACCGUUGCCCUGGCUCCCCCGGCCCGUGAUCUGGAGCAGUAUGUCAACAAUGUCAACAAUGGUCCUUCUCGUCCCUCUGAAGCUGAGCCCCGUGGAGCUGACAGUGAGAAAGUCAUGCAUGAGGUCAACCCCAUUCUGAAGGAAGGUCGCGACAAAGAGUCCCCUGGCGUGAAGCGUCUGAAGGAUAUCAUUCUCUAA